GGGUCUGUUAGUCAGGGGUUGGCGUCUACAUGGUGAGGUUUGGAACCUCUAACCUAGUUGUACACCUAUCACCAUGGUUGAGACCCGCAUUGGGAAGGAGACUAAUCCCUACACCCCUGAGCAGCAAGCAAAGAUGGCCGCCUUAGUGAAAGAGAACAAGGAGAGAAAAGAGCGCGAGAAGCAGACGAAGCUAAAGGCUAUUGCAGAUGAGCAGGCGGCGAAGACAAAGAGGUUGGAGGAGGAGAUGAACAGGGUACAACAGGAGGAGGAAGAAAGAAGGAAGGCUGCUGAAGCAGAAGCGGCAGCAGAAGAAGAGAAAGAGAGAAUGAGAAUUGAGAGUGGACAAGCGAGCAGUGGUGACACGAUGAAGUGGGAGACAGAUACUGAGCUGGAGAAGAAGAUCAGCGAGUGGGUCGCUAAUUUAUCAUUGAGGGAAGACGAGGAGGCGGAGUCAUAUGUGACUAAGGAUGAGAAGGCUGCGCUGGCCGCUGAGCUAGCAGCCAUGACACACCCGAUGGAACGAAGAGAGAGGGAAAAUGAGCAAAAGUUAGCAUGGAAGCUGAGAAUGAAGAGGGAGAAGAAGAGGAGAAGAGAGGAGGUGAAUAAGAUGACCGCAGCAGUGGCAAAGGUGCAGGAGUGUAGAGCGGAGGUGCUGGCCCAACCAGACGAUAAGGCCAAGUGGGACAAAGUACUGGGGUACCUGGAGGUGCGGAGCAAGGCCUGGAUGGAAGAGCGCCAGACCAGCUGGAGCCAAGAUGUAGCCUUGAGUGCCAUGCGGUCAGGGUUUAGAAACUUUGCGCGCGAGAUCGUCAUCCAUAUUGGGGGCGAAGGUGCCAAAGCUGCAGCCGCUGUAGAAGGAGAGGCCAGACCCCGUAAGGACCCAGUGAAACUUAAGUUUCCAAACGCGUACGGGAGAAAGAAGGACGAGAACUUUGACAACUGGGAGGCCAGUGUCAAUAGUUAUAUUUACUUGCGACAUAUCCUAACAGAGGAACAAGUCCUUUUGGCCUUCCAGGCCCUCAAAGAUGAAGCAGCUAGCUUCGCCAGGUCUCUUGCGCAUACAGCCGGUUGUGAAAACAACCUGGUUGCAUAUUCCAAAGUCACUCCUCUUUCCCAAUUCCUCAAGCUCCUCAAGGAGCGGUUCGCUGACCCAACGCGAGGCAUUAGAGCCUCUGAUAAGCUCCAAACGAUCCACUCCCGGCAGUGGAGGAGUGCCAAGGCACUCAAGGGUACCAUGGACGACUUGGUAGCCGUCCCGGACCACGGGGUCACUGAGCCCCAACUGGUCCCGUUGUUUUAUCGUGUCAUUCCAGAGGCCCUACGCGGGCAUUUCUUUCACAAAUCUCAGCAGGCCGGCAUGACUUAUGAUGCAUUGAGUAGAGAAGUCGUCCUGUAUGAGUCGAAGUCUAUGCCAGUUACUACUUUUUGGCACAAGGACUUCGAGAAGGGGAAGAAGUGGAAAGCUCGUACCAUCUCGGGCCAAGUCAAGGCCAAGGAUCACUUGAUCCUGACAUUAGAGGAGGGUGGUACAGAAGAGCUCCCAUAUGAUCAGAUUGAGUGGGGCCUAGGGGAGGAGUACAGUAGUGUAGGGCAGGGGAGGUCUUACGCUGCUGUCGCGGUCGGAGGGAGGCCGCAAGGCAGAGGAGGAGGCCAGGGCCAAAGGGGCCAGGCCAUGGGAGGCCGAGGACCGGGCGCACAGGGGGUUGGCGGACAGGGAAACCGCCAAGCGGGAGGUAGGGGUCAAGGUCCUUCGUUACAUCGCCAGGGUAACCGGUCCCCGCAGCGAGGAGGUGGAAGGGCACCUCAAGGAGGAUGGCACCCAGGCUUGCCACAGGGCAGGCCCUGGGAAGACCUGGGCUUGGACCAGCGAUUAUGGCAGGAACGCGUGAACUUGGGUCGGUGCGUAUUCUGUGGUGACCCGACGCACUUAGAAGACCAAGUCUUUGUAGUUUAUGUUAGAUCUGUCACUGAGGCCCAGGAAAAGGAUAGUUCCACAGAUCCAACAAUUGCCAAGCUGCUGGUAGAAUUCAAAGACUUGACUGAGUCACCGACAGGAGUAGUGUCGCGACCCAUCCAGCACAGGAAUCCGAUAGAGAUAGAGCCUGGCAGUAGAACUCUUAAGAGUGCAAUCUACAGGAUGUCCCCUAGAGAGUUAGAGGAGCUUCGCAAACAGUUAGACGAACUCCUUGAGAAAGGUUGGAUCAGGCCUAGUUCGUCUCCUUUUGGAGCACCAAUGUUGUUUGUCCCCAAGAAGGAAGGAGAGCUUUGUAUGUGUAUAGACUAUAGGGGUUUGAAUGCGAUCACAGUGAAGAAUGUUGAGCCGCUGCCCAGGAUAGACGAUCUUUUAGAUCGGGUGCAGGGUUGUAAGUAUUUCUCUAAGAUAGACUUAAAGUCCGGAUACCAUCAGAUAAAAGUCCAUCCGGAUGAUCAGUACAAGACUGCAUUCCGGACUAGAUAUGGGCAUUAUGAGUUUAUAGUGAUGCCCUUUGGACUUACCAACGCGCCAACUACUUUUCAGCGUUGUAUGAAUGACCUGUUUAGACCGUGGUUAGAUAAAUUUGUGGUAGUCUACUUAGAUGAUAUCCUAGUCUUUAGUAAGACCCUCCAGGAGCACCAGGGUCAUCUGAGGCAGGUCUUGGAGAAGCUUAGAGAGGCUAACUUCAAGAUCAAUGCGAAGAAGUGCGAGUGGGGCAAGACGCAAGUCGUGUACUUGGGCCACGUGUUGGAUGGAGAUGGCAUUAAGCCAGAGGAAAACAAGAUAGCGACGGUUAGAGAUUGGCCAACGCCCCGCACGUUGACAAAGUUGCGGUCGUUCCUAGGCUUAGCUAACUACUACAGGAAGUUCGUGAGGAAUUUCUCCACUAUCGCCGCUCCCUUGCGCAGGUUGUUGAAGAAAGAGACAAUCUGGCAAUGGGAUAAAGACUGUACGUCUGUGCUAAAAAAGGUGAAGUGCGCGUUAAUAGAGUAUCCUGUCCUCAAGGUUGCAGAUCCGUCCUUGCCAUUUGUUGUCACCAUGGACGCGAGUAAGUAUGGGAUAGACGCCGUGUUGCAACAAGAUGACGGCAAUGGCUAUAGACCCGUAGAGUUCAUAUCUGCGAGGAUGCCUUGUAAGAAAGUCGCUACCUCCACGUACGAAAGAGAACUCUACGCCCUCAGGCAGGCUUUAUACCAUUGGAAGCACUACCUGCUUGGGAGGCACUUCAAAGUCUACUCGGACCAUGAAACACUUAGAUGGUUGAAGACCCAAGCCAAGAUGACACCUAAGUUGACUAGGUGGGCCGCAGAGAUAGACCAAUUCGACUUUGAGCUCAAGCCAGUGAAGGGCAAGUACAAUGUAGUGGCGGAUGCUCUAAGUAAGAGAUCAGACUUCUUUGGAGCCGUAGUACAUUAUCUGGAUAUAGGGAGAGACCUGCAGGAGAAAGUGANCCGUAGUACAUUAUCUGGAUAUAGGGAGAGACCUGCAGGAGAAAGUGAGACAAGCGUAUACGCAGGACCCUAUCUAUAGCGACCUCCUAAAGAGAGUUAGAGAGGCCCCAGAGACCGAACCAGAUUACCGCACUACAGACGGGUUGCUGUUUGAGAAGACUAAUGUGUUUGACCGCCUGUGCGUUCCCAAUAGCGAAGAGAUUCGUAGUCUAAUUCUAGGGGAAUGUCACGAUACUGAGGGACACUUCGGUUGGCAAAAGACAUUAGCCAAUCUAAUGCGUGCGUACACAUGGCCAGGGAUGAAGAACGACUGYAUAGAGUAUGUCUGCAGUUGUAAAGUAUGCCAGCGAAACAAAUCUACUACACGCGC